GAUAGCUUGAGUCGCAUCUAGGUACCUUCCCUUGAAGGCACAAUUCUUCGAAAUUCAAGAGAAGACAUCAAAUCUUCACCAACUCCGCGCCAACAUUGAUGCUUAGCGCAAGGCAUCGUUUUGGCAAUAAGUCUCAUACCUAACAUCUGUGAAGAGAAAUGUCGUCAGGACUGUACAUUAUUGUUUUCUGUACUUGUGUUUUUGCCGAAAGAGAAUAUUCAUUGCAUCAACGUACGGGUAUUUAUGAUAUUGUGCGAAUUGAUGAAAAAUACGAUGCUGCUGAUGAUUUAGUCCGUCGGAUAUCCUUCACUGCAUUUGAUCAUGUCUAUACUGCUCUGUUGACUCCUAGUACUGAUGUUUUCGAUCCAUACGGUCGAAUUAGGAUUGGAGAUGACUUGAAUGCUCCUUUGGAGCGUGCGCAUCACUAUCGUGGUCACCUCAAAGGAAAACCACAUGACACCGUUGUUUUGACACGGCUCUCGCCUUCGGUUUUUAUCGGAUCAAUUUAUGCCGGAAAUGAUUCAGUUUAUCUAGAACCAGCAUCACUUCUCUAUGAUAGAUUCGACGACAGGGAUGUGAUAGUGUUUCGAACCAGUAGUCUGAAUAGUUCGUUGUUCUUUCGUAGCCUUAGCAAGGCUGGCUUAACAGCGCCUGUGCAGGGAAUCCCUUACGAGUCUAGAAAUCCUGCGCCACGCGCACGUAGGCAAAUAAGGCCUACUGAAAAUGAAGUUCGGAAUCGAUGUCCACUGAAGAUUGUUGCCGAUUAUAAGUUCUUUUCCAUUGUAGGCAAGAAUAACACAGCUUUAACGACGCGUUACAUUGUGAAUAUGGUAGCUCGAGUUAACGAGAUUUAUACGGUUGUGAACUGGGACGAAGGACAGGAGGAAACAGAGAUUGAACGGGGACGAUUUGUAAAUAUGGGUUUCUCCAUCAAGGAACUGAAGAUCUUAGACAAGCCUUCUCAACAGAUUGGGCACUACAAUUCCAAAGAUUCUACAAACAAUGGCGUGUGGAACUCCAAUCGGCUUCUAGAAGCUUUCACUCGAGAAGAAGGUUCGCCAAAAUUCUGUUUGGUUCACCUUUUGACUGCUCAGUCAUUUUCUGAUUCUGCUCACAUUGGUCUUGCUUAUGUUGCUGAUACACGUGGUGGACCUGGAGGAAUCUGCUCAGAUAGUGCUUAUGUUAUGGACCGUCAGGUCAGCUACAACACCGUUUUUACAAGCGCGAUAGGUAAUACUGGCUUACAUGACUAUCCAUUGGUGACUAAGGAAGCAGAGAUUGUCGUUGCUCAUGAAUAUGCUCACAGUUGGGGUGCUCAGCACGAUGGUCUGGAGCGUGAGGCUGAAGGUCGUGAAGAGUGUUUGCCAGACUAUUCCGAAGGCGGAAAUUAUAUUAUGCAUAUGUACGCCCAGAAUGGAUAUGAUCCAAACAACAUUCGCUUCUCGCCUUGUUCGCGGAGAAGCAUCCGACGAAUGCUUGAACGACGUUGGCAUCGUUGUUUUGAACCUGAAAAAGCAUCAUUUUGUGGGAAUGGUGUUGUGGAGGAAGGCGAAGAAUGUGAUGAGGGCACUUUUUUCAUGAACAAUGGGAGCACACAGUGUUGCACGAGCGAAUGUCGUUUGACUCCGUCAGCAGAGUGCUCACCUCACAAUCAGCCAUGUUGUAAUGAUACAUGUUCCUAUUAUCCUGCUAAUCAUGUAUGCCUUCCCGGAGAUCCACUUCAGUGCAAAGCAUCGUCUCAUUGCACAGGUCAUUCUGGUGAAUGCCCACUUGCACCAGCAAUUCCGGACGGCUCUCCAUGCAUUGAAGAUGGAGAAUGCCAAGCUGGGGUAUGUCUUCCAUAUUGCGAACGACAAAGCAUUGCAAAGAAGAGCUGCAUUUGCGAGGAAAUCCACUUGUCUUGCCGUCGAUGUUGUCGUGAUGUCAAUGGUACAGGUUUAUGCGAACCAGAAAUUGGUGCUGCUGACUUGGUUGAUGGAACAUGGUGUGCUCAAGGUUACUGCAGAAAAUCCAAAUGCGUAAAUGAAGUGGCAGAUUAUGUAACGAGACACUUGAAUGUUCUAAGUGAUAGAAGUCGCAUUUGGCCCAUCAUCCAGUCUAAUAUAGUUGCUAUAAUCGUGUUUUUAUCCGUUGCUGUCUGGGUGCCCAUUGGAUAUUGUAUCAAGAAAGCAGAUGGAAGGGAAAUCUUGACCACGAGACGAGCUGGUCGUGUGCGAACAGUCUACGUUGAUCGUCCAGCGCAGAGUCAAUGAAUGGUGCAAUAACUUAUGCAGAUACUCUUUGUCAGUUGAAAACAAAGUUUUCUUUUCGUCUUCCCCAUCGAUAUUCCAUCUAAAUAUAUCGUUUUCCUGUGAUUAACGCGCCGCUCUGAUAUUUGAUCGGGUCCACACACAGAUUUGUCACUUUGUGCCAAAGCAGACUUUUUCUGUUGUACUCAAAUAAGAGUGCUGAGGCAAUAUGUUUCAGUGUAACUUGAUAUUUGUGGGUUUAUAAUGCCUCAACUACUUAUUGAAUUACGCCUUCCUCUUUAAACUGCCGAAUCUCUUUCACCGCGCAAAUAGCGCUUGCUUUUCUAUGAGUUGUUACUUAUUUUAUGCUGGUCAAAAUAAAUAUUCUCGCAA